AUGGCCUCCAAACAAGCCAAAAAGAGAGAAGUGCAUCGUAUCAAUUCGGCGCACGGAUCGGAUAAAUCUAAAGAUCAGUACCUUUCUGGCGGUAAUGUGCAACCUGGCUCCGUUGAGCAGAAGAAGGGGAAGUUCCCGAUCUGGCCAGAAUGGAAUGAAGCCGACAUAAAUGCAGAAAAGUGGGAUGCAGGCAAAGGUGGAAAAGAAAAGGAUAAAAUGGGAAAAAGCCCUGUGUUUCAGUUUUUUGAAGACCCUGAAGGAAAGAUUGAAUUGCCACCAUCAUUGAAAAUUUAUUCCUGGAAGCGUCCACAGGAUUUUUUAUUUAAUCGGACUCCAGUAGUUGUGAAAAAUGAAAUCCUGUUUGACUUGUUUUCAGCAAAUGAACAUUUACUCUGCAGUGAGCUGAUGAGAUGGAUUAUCAGUGAAAUCUAUGCAGUGUGGAAGAUAUUCAAUGGAGGCAUUUUGAACAAUUAUUUCAAAGGGACCACAGGGGAGCCUCCUUGUCUUGCCUGGAAGCCCUGGGAACACAUCUACUCUCUGUGCAAGGCUGUGAAAGGUCACAUGCCCUUAUUCAAUAGCUACGGAAAGUAUGUUGUGAAACUUUACUGGAUGGGUUGUUGGAGAAAGAUAACUAUUGAUGACUUUCUGCCUUUUGAUGAAGACAACAAUCUAUUGCUUCCGGCCACAACAUAUGACUUUGAACUCUGGCCAAUGCUUUUGUGUAAAGCUAUCAUUAAGCUGGCAAAUGUUGACAUCCAUGUAGCCGAGAGGAGAGAAUUAGGGGAGUUCACGGUGAUUCAUGCGCUUACCGGAUGGUUACCAGAAGUGAUUCCUCUCCACCCAGGAUAUACGGACAAAGUUUGGGAGCUCUUGAAAGAAAUAUUGCCUGAGUUUAAGCUGUCAGAUGAGGCCAGCUCUGAAAGCAAAACAUCUGUUGUAGAUACCAAAUUAAAAGAGGCAGGGAAAGAAGUGAAGAAUGGCAAAGAAAUGAAAGAUGGCAAAGAAUUCAAACUUGACACUUCAGUGACAGCAUUAAAGGCACCUGAGAAAAGUGACAAAGUUCCAAAGGAAAAAGCAGAUGCAAAAGACCUUGGGAAGAAGAAGAGUAAAAAUGGAGACAAAGAAAAGGAAAAGGAAAAAUUCAAAUGGUCACUUCAUGGUUCAAGACCCUCAUCAGAUGUACAAUACUCGCUGCAGUCUCUGUCAGAUUGUUCUUCAGCAACACAGUCUGCUCACAUGGUUGUAUAUGCUACCUUUACACCCCUCUAUUUGUUUGAAAGGAAGAUCUUUUCGUUAGAAAAAGUGGCUGAUUCUGCCGAGAAGCUGAGAGAAUAUGGACUUUCCCAUAUCUGUAGCCAUCCUGUGCUGGUGACUAGAACUAGGUCUUGCCCUCUCAUAGCACCUCCAAAGCCACCUCCCAUACCUGCCUGGAAAAUCUUUCGUCAAAAAAAGGAAACUGUUGUAACAGAUGAAGCUCAAGAAACAAUAAUAAAGAAGCCCGAACAGUUUCUUGAAAUUUCAAGUCCGUUUUUGAAUUAUAGGAUGAAUCCGUUUACAAUUCCAACAGAAACUCAUUUUGUACAAUAUUUUAUCAAGAAAGGGGUACCUCCAGGAUCUGGUUUAUCUUCCCUUACUGAAAAUGAUGAAACCAUCACCUUUAGCCAGCCAGACUUAAUUCAGUUGACAGGAACGGUAUCUCAGGGAAACAUUACUUCACAAGUCAUACCUGGAAAAGGUAAAGAAGAGCUAACAGAAGUUGGAUUAAAUGACGCAGCUCAUCAAGGUGAAGGACUUAGUUUGGAAAGAGAUUUAGUCAGCCAGACGACAGCAACACAGGAAAAAUCACAGGAGGACCUCCCAACAAUAAAUAAUAGCGUUUCUAAAGAAAUAUGGUUAGAUUUUGAAGACUUCUGUGUAUGCUUUCAGAAUAUAUAUAUUUUUCACAAACCAAGUUCAUAUUGCCUUAACUUUCAAAAAACAGAAUUCAAGUUCUCAGAUGAAUGCGUGUCCUACUAUCUGUUUGUGGAUAGUCUGAAACCCAUUGAACUGCUGGUUUGCUUUUCUGCACUGGUACGAUGGGGAGAAUCUGGAGCUUUAACAAAAGACAGCCCCCACGUAGGGCCUGGACUGCUUACAGCGGAAUCCCUUUCCUGGAAAUCUCUGAAGCCACGAGAUCUUGUUUUGAAGAUUCAUACGUAUGCCACCAAGGCUGCGGUGGUCCGGCUGCCUGUUGGGAGACAUAUGCUUCUCUUCACCGCAUACUCCCCCGUGGGGCAUUCCAUACACAUCUGCAGCAUGGUGACUUUUGUCACUGGGGACGAAGAUGUCGUGCUACCCAACUUUGAGCCGGAGAGCUACCGAUUCACAGAGCAGUCUCUAACAAUUUUGAAAGCUGUUGGAAAUGUGAUUGCUAGUUUCAAAGAUAAGGCUAAACUUCCUGUGGCUCUGAAGGAUUUACAAACAGCUCACUACCCUAUUCCCCUCCACAAUAAAGAACUAACAGCACAACACUUCAGGGUUUUUCAUAUUUCUUUAUGGCGCUUAAUGAAAAAAACUCAACUAACAAAACCUCCUCCCAAUUUUAAAUUUGCCUUUCGUGCUUUGGUUCUGGAUUUAGAGUUACUUGAUUCCUCCAUGGAAGAGGCUUCUUUAGCGGAAUGGGUGGACGUGAAAUAUUCUGUACCCAUAAGUGAUAAAGAAUAUUCUCCUGAGGAAGUAGCAGCAGCGAUUAAAAUUCAAGCCAUGUGGAGAGGGACUUAUGUCAGAUUACUUAUGAAAGCUAGAACACCAGACACAAAGGAAAAUACCAGCGUUGCAGAUAUGCUUCAGAGAGUUUGGGCUAUAUUGGAGCUGAAUAUAGAACAGUAUGCAAUUUCUCUCUUAAGACUAAUGUUUAAAAGCAAGUGCAAGUCUGUUGAAUCUUAUCCGUGCUAUCAAGAUGAAGAAACUAAGAUUGCUUUCGCCGACUAUACUGUGACGUAUGCAGACCAGCCACCAAAUAGUUGGUUUAUAGUAUUCAGAGAAACAUUUUUGUUUCCUCAAGAUAUGAUCUUGCUUCCCAAAGUAUAUACCACGCUUCCAGUCUGCAUGCUCCACGUUGUUAACAAUGACACAAUGGAACAAGUGCCAAAAGUGUUCCAAAAAGUGGUGCCUUAUCAUUAUACAAGGAAUAAGAAAGGCUACACAUUCGUGGCUGAAGCAUUUACUGGUGACACAUAUGUAUUGUCCUCACGUUGGAAACUGCGCCUCAUUGGUUCUUAUAACCCGCUCCCAUGCCUGUCUCGAGACUCUCCAAACAAUACCUUCACCAUAAAGGAAAUCAGGGAUUACUACAUACCCAAUGACAAGAAAAUUUUAUUCAGGUAUUCUGUUAAAGUUGCUUCACCACAUCCUGUUACAGUGCAGGUACGGACGUCCAAAUCAGAUGCGUUCAUCAAGCUACAGGUCUUAGAAAAUGAGGAAACUAUUGUCAGCUCCAUUGGGAAAGGCCAGGCUAUAAUCCCAGCAAUUAACUUCUUGGGGAGUGAAAAAGUUGUGAGCUCCCAGUCUAGCAAGCAGAUUCUUGCAGUGCAGACUUCAUCCAAGAAGGAGCAAGAAUUGUACACUAAGAAGAAAUCCACCCAGGGAAGUCAGAAAUCCUAUAAGGGUAGAACUGUAAGUGCAACAGUAGACACUGGUCAGCCUAUUUUGGACGAGGAACCUAUCAGUAUGCCCACCAUAGAAGAAAAUGCUAGCAUGCCACAGCAGGUUAACAAGUACAUUAUACAGUGUUUGGUGUUGUAUAACAGUUGGCCUCUCACCGAAAGUCAGAUGGCGUUUGUUCAAGCACUAAAAGAAAUGGAGAAAAAUGAUAGCAAAGUUCAUGGAGAGAAACAUGAGGAAUUAAUUACCUUAGGAAGCCCAGAUUCCCAUACUAUCAGUGAGGGGCAAAAAUCUUCAGGAACUUCCAAAACAAGAAAAGGCAAAGAGAGGUCCUCUGAGAAAGAAAAGUUAGCCAAAGAAAAACAAGCACCUCGCUUUGAGCCUCAGAUGUCCACUUUUCACCCUCAACAAGAAGACCCAAAUAAACCCUACUGGAUUUUGAGGCUGGUCACCGAGCACAACGAAGCAGACAGUUUCGAACUGAAAAAAGAUACCGAACGAGCAGAUGAAAUCCGAGCCAUGAAGCAAGCCUGGGAGAUGACUGAGCCUGGAAGGGCUAUCAAGGCUUCCCAGGCUCGCCUGCAUUACCUCAGCCGGUUCAUUAGGAAAAUUCCGGAUGCUGAGAGUGUGCCUAUGUCUGAAAGCCAAACUAAAGCACCAGAGGACGUUGAAACAUCUUCAAGUGCCAUAAAAGAGCCAGACGCAAAGGGUUCCAUGAGUUCAGAGAGCAAAGAUAUCCCGCCGUUGGGGAGUAUGCUGUGGAAGAAGUGGCAGAUGACCAGGGGCUUGAAGGACUGGUCAAAACUGGUGAGCAGCGAAAUUGGAGGAACGUCUCCAGCAGGGAAGGAGGAACAGACUGUGCGGAAGGAAAAUAUCAGACUUAUUUUUUCAACAGGGCCUCGUUCGCGAUCCCCAACAAUUUUGGAAAUGUCUCCACAACUUAUUCGAAAAGCAAUAGAAUGUGUAGACAUAACACAAUAUGUACGAAAAACAAGAGACGCUGAUCCUGUGCUACAAACAGAGGAUCUGAACCAGCAGCAGGCAAUGCAAAAGGCAGAAGAGGUUCACCAGUUCCGACAGUAUAGGACCAGAGUACUCAGCAUUCGAGACAUUGAGCAAGAGGAACAGCUUAAAAUAAAGGAUAAAAUCCUGGAGAUGUAUGGGGAAAUGCGGGACUCCUUAGAUGAAGCCCGGCAGAAGAUCUUCAGUGUCCGGGAAGAGUAUAGAAAGAAGUUGCUGGAAGCUGAGCGCCUAAGAUUGGAAGCUCUGGCUGCGGACGAAGCAGCAAGUCGGGCGGAGACAGAAAAGAAGACGCCGGUUCCUGACACACGGGAAAAGAAGAAAGGAAAGAAGAAGUAA